ACGUUAGUGACAGGAAUUCUGCCUUCUGCCUUCUUGCCUGACUGGGGAGCAGUUUGUUUUCGGACGGAGGUAUUGCGUCGGCAUCAUAUGCAAAGGCCAUGUGGGUGUUGAAAUUGGCUGUGGCUGCUCUGAUCACGUCUGUACUGAAUGUUCCUUUCUCCCAAGCCACAGCACUAUCAGUCCAGCAGACUGAGGUGGCACACAUCUGCUCAGUAAGUGAUGACCAACGCAGCGCUGAUUGCCGAGGGCAGCACCUGGAUCAUGUGCCCAAAGAAAGCCUACCCACUACACUUGAGAAGUUGGAUCUCUCCCACAACAGGCUUCAGAGGAUUCGCAACACAGACUUCUCCCACCUGACGCGAUUAGCAGUGCUAAUGCUCGAGUAUAACAACAUUUCUGUCAUCGAGGAUAAGGCCUUCGAUUUUAAUCCCCUUCUGGAGGACCUGAACAUUUUCAACAACUCUUUAACUGUUGUGCCCAACAAAGCACUGGCAAAGCUAACUAGGCUAUGUAAACUGGACAUGUCAAAUAAUUUCUUCACUGAAGUGGCUCUGGGUAAUGCAUUUUCCACCUUCACCAGUCUACAGGACCUAUCUGUUGGAGGACCGUUUGUUCAAGAACUGAGGCAGAGCAACCUCAUUGCCCUACAAAAUGUCUCGUUGAAUAGGUUUGCCUUUAAAAGUGGUUCAAGUCUCCUCACGUAUGAGCCAGGCUCUUUAAGGUUUGUAAAGACCAAGAACAUGUGGUUUGAUAUCGCAGUGGACAAUAAACCACAUGAGCUAAAUACCAUGCUUAGUGAUUUGGCCAAUAAGUCUUUCUAUUCCCUUCGUUUCCGGAACCUGUUUGAGUUUGUCUACUACAUAGGACAAGAGGAUAUUUUUCAAGGUUUGAAGCACAUCCGAGCACAGCAGCUAAUUUUUCACCGUGGCAAAUUUAAUGAGAACCUGCUGAGGAUGGCCUUGAUGAACAUUCAGCAGAGCAACAUUAAGGCCCUCGGGCUACUGUAUAUCGACUUUGCCCGCUCUCCAACCUUUGUGGAUAGUGGAGCAGGGUCCAGCGUGACAGACCUAGCUCUAGACCUGCUUGUUCUUUCGGAUAUAAGCAACCCUGAUAUUUUACGUUUCGACUGGCGCUUCACCUGGUUCAGCAAGGUACGCAGUCUGUCUAUCAAGAAUGUCAACUUCAACUUUGUGCCCUGUGAUGCAUGGCUGAGCAUGGGUAGUAUGGAGAUACUUGAUGCCGCCCAAAAUCAACUGCAAGACCAUGAACUUAUCAACAGAAGGUGUGAUUAUGCAGGCACCAUGCCACUGCUUCACACUUUCAAUGUCAGCAAUAACAACCUUAAAAGUCUCAGUGGCUUUGCGGCCUUCGCAGGAGAGUUCAAGAAACUCCAGGUACUUGAUGUCAGCUACAAUGAACUUCAAACUGUUGAAGACAGUGAGUGCAACUGGAAGCAGAACAUCUCAAAACUAAUCGCACACCACAAUGCCUUGGUGGUCACAAGCCUGAAGUGUUUGCCCACAACAGUGCAGUAUUUGGAUCUUUCCUUCUGCAACCUGGAUCAGCUUGAUGUGAACUACUUCCGGCAAGCUGUCAACUUGCAAGAGCUCCAUCUCAACGGAAACAGAAUAAAGUUCAUCCCUUCAGGUUGGAAAAAUCCCAACCUGCAGUCCUUGUUCCUGGACGGGAACUCCUUUGGCCUUCUGAGCAUGAACUCUUUCCGAGACAUGCCCAGCUUAUUGACGCUCAGGGCAGGAAACAACCCGUACCACUGCACCUGCGACCUGUACACUUUCAUCCAGAAGACCACGUCCAAAAGCAGAGUGAACAUCACCGAUUGGCCGGAAAGUUACAAAUGCUACUACCCAGAGCACCUCCUGAACACCAUGGUUGCAGACUUCUUCCCAGGUCAUGUCGCAUGUGACAUAAGGCUUGUGAUUCUCAUUAGCGUGGUCACCACAGCUGUUGUGGUGAUUGGCAUCAUGGCAGUAUGCUACCUGUUUGAUGUGCCAUGGUAUACAAAGGCCACGUUCCAGAUCAUCAGAGCUAAGUACCGUGCCCACAAAGAAGGCUCCAGACCGGAGAAGGACUACAGUUACCAUGCGUUUGUUUCCUACAGCCACUCGGACGCAGACUGGGUGAACAACCAGUUGCUGCCCUGCCUAGAGGGCACCAGACCCCCAUACCGCGUUUGCAUUCACGAAAGGGACUUCACGCCGGGGAAGUGGAUCAUCGACAACAUCAUUGAGAACAUUGAAAACAGCCUGAAGGUCAUUGUUGUGUUAUCACAGCACUUUGUGGACAGUGAGUGGUGCAACUAUGAGCUCUACUUUGCACAGCAACGAGCCAUUGGUAAGACCUUCAGUGACGUCAUCCUGGUUGUGAAGGAACCCAUCGACCCCACGUCCUUGCCAAGCAAGUACUGUAAACUGAAGAAGAUGCUGAACACCAAGACCUACCUGGAGUGGCCUCAGCAGCCAAAGCAACAGGUCUUCUUCUGGGCUCAGCUUAAAAGUGUGCUGGGAAAACCCAGCUUCCCCCAACAACGGACCGGAAGCACUCGUGAUUCUACUACAAGUGUGCACUCUGUCAGCGAGCUUGCUCAGCUAUAGUACACACAUUCUCUGAACUACCCAACAGGAACACGAAAUACUUUAAAACAAAAGAACUGUUGUUUCCCAUGACAUGUGAGAUGUCCUUUCAGAAGUGUUUUUUAUCUGGUGGAAAUGAAACACCAGUCACUGUGGGCCAUUGUGUCAGUGUGGCAUGCGUAACAUGUCUCACCCUUAAACAACAAAGUAUUGCAGCUGGCUGGACCGGCUUGCAUAUGUCACAUCACGAAAGCAACAGGAAACUCUGCAAUCAUCCCCAGUCUCCUGGGCCCUCCGUCAACACAGCCUUUGAGGACCCACAUGGCCUUCGUGUGGAAAGUCCAAGACUCUCAAACCGAACGCUUGAAAGUGAUGAAAGGUCACAACUCAGCGGCUCAGGCGGGAUAUCUUGUGUCAUACUUGAAAUAACAAGUGAGCUGUGAGACAGACAUCCCACUCUGAUGAGGGCUUAAGGCCUGACACUCAGCUGACACUAAAGGGAUGAAUUCAAUCCAGUGGCUCAGGCUAGAAAGACUCAUGUGGUGUCAAAGGCAGUUAUAAGAUGUGUUACCUCAUUGGCUCUCUACAGGAAUUUAGAUUGGUUAGCAUGUUUGAGAAAGUAUUAAAGUGGAGCAAGAAACUACCAUAGAUCAUCCAAUGAGUGUGGAAAAUAAUGCUUAUCUUUGCAAUAAUGUAAUGUUUCCAUCUUGAUAUGCUGUAGGCUGUAUUAGCUCUGAUAUGAACAAAAUCACAAUGUAGAUGUUUUGUUGCAUUAUUUAUGUAGCUUGCCCGUCCUUCUACACUCAAGGCAGAAAUGGUGAAGUCUUUGAAUGAGGCAUAAUGUACAAAACAAAUAAUAACUUUAUAUUCAAUGCAGGUAACAUUCUACAGUAAUAAUGCAACAUGCCCCAAAACACAAAUGACAUCAAAUAACACACUACUGUAGGCAUGUGGGCUACACACAUUAUCAUUGCACACGUAUAUUAGAAGUGGCAUCUUUGGGAGUUUGUAUGACUGCUGACUGGACUAGAAUGUAAGAAUUAUAGGCCUAUGUAGCUUGAUCUGCAGAGCAGAGCAGUUUGUAAGGGCUAUGUUAGUUAUAAACAGAAUGUUCUGCCUCAAGAUGUGAUGAUGUUUUUCUCCUUAUGGGAGAAAAGGUGAGGAGUGUCAAUAGCCCUUCACAUUUUCUGAAUUAAAAGGGUAGAUCAUG